AUGGGUGAAGAAAAUGUAGUUGUUGCUACUGCUGGGCCCACAUUGACUUCUGUUCAGGUCGCUUUGAUUGCGAUGGGAGUCGUCGCUUGCUCCAGUUUUGUAUUAGCAGUUUACAUCUGGGGUAGAUCUCUAGUGAAUCAGAGAAGAGAGCGUAUGCUGGAUAAUGCGACAACAACAGCUGCAGCAGAGAUAGCAGCCGAAGAGCGUGUUUACAGACAACAACAACAAUAUCAUCACGUUCAUGAUUAUGCGCGAUCCACUAUUCAUGAUACAUCUCUACUACAGCAACACCGCCUACGACAGCAGCCCGCUUAUACAAACAACACUGCUUACUUUGUUCAUAAUGGAUUACCUCUUCCACCAACGUACAGGUCCGAAAACUAA